GAAUGUAAUCAAAUAUACUUGUUUUCUGAUAACUAUGAACUCUAUAUGUAAUCUGUAAAACCCAACCCAGUAUUUCUUUCUCUCUCCCUCUCUUUCAAUUCAAGGUUCAAGCUCCUUUUCUUCUUCGGUCUCUUUUUUCAAAGAUUCAAGGCCCCCUCGAGCCUCGAUCAUGGAGCUGGCGAUAAGAUCGCGAUUCUGAUUCCCAUGUGAGCAAAGACUGUCUUUCUUUGGACCCAUUUGCCUAUAUCGCAAAAAUUUUCACUUGCUCUCUGCUGUUAUUAGUUCUCUCCUUCGAUCUCUUUUUUUUUUCUUCUUUCUCUUCUGUUUCGCUGUAUUGUCCUUUUGUUCUGUGUAUACCGGAAUUUCUGCUGUUGAAAGAGCUCACGAGAUUCUCAUGGACGAAGAUGAUCCAUUUAGUGCGAUACGCGUCGAUAUGAACCGAUAGAGCGGCAAAGAGAAGCAAGAACAUCGGUGGGUCUUCUGAGAGAAGCAAUGGAGAGUGUGGAGAGAGGAAACAGGUGGAAGAAUCUGAGGGAACGGCUGGGCUUGAAGGGAAUAGGCUGCUGUGGAGCCACCUGGGGCUUCAGGCCUUCCAAUAUGAGCAUAAGAGAAGACGACGAUGACUACGUCGACUACGAUUACUACUACGUAGACCAGCCACGCCACGAACAGGAAGAGGUAACACUGGGCGGAGAUCAGAUGCCAGCGGCAGAGAACGGCUUGGGAUACCCAUCGUGUGCGGGUCAAAGUCAGAUUCCGGCGAGGUCGGGGAUGAACUUGGCGACGGCGUUGGCAGCGGAGCGUCACUUGAGAGCAGGUCAAGAUUUGGAGCUGGUGGUCCCCAGUGAGAACAGUGCAACCGGAACCACAGGGACGGAUGGUGAUGGUGGUGGUGUGGCCGGAACACCGUUGAGGGUAUCGCUGAUGAGAUUGCUGGAAGAAGCGGACGGCGUAGAUAGAGAGAGGGAGAAAGGAGGAAGAGGAGGAGGAGGGGGGAGCGAUGGGGUGUGCUGCGUGUGCAUGGGGAGAAGGAAAGGUGCGGCAUUCAUCCCAUGUGGGCACACGUUUUGCAGGGUGUGUUCGAGGGAGCUGUGGUUAAAUCGAGGUUCGUGUCCCCUUUGUAACCGUUCUAUCCUUGAGAUUCUCGACAUCUUCUAGAUUCAUCCUUUUUCUGUCUUUGGGAUUCGUGAUUCUGUUUUGAAUUGAUGGAUGGAUCAUGGAUGUAUGUAGUGUUGGGAGAGGAGAGCCGAGAGGUGAGUCUGCUCAUCUGCUGUCUGCGUCUGCCCUCUUUGGCCCUUGUUUUAUUUCCCUUUUUUUCUAAAUUUCAAUUUCAAUAUUUGUUGCAAAUAUGUACCGUCGAUUUGUUUGGUAUUUGCGUAUUUUUCUUCAAAACCUUUUUUUAAUUCUUUUCUUA